AUGAGAGCAGGUCAAGUCCUAAGGGAACUGCCAGAUAUAAGAGUUGCUCUGAUGUUCAAGAUGGCAAGGGGAUACAUCCAGUUACAAGUCAGUCAGUAUUUUGGAGAGUGUCAAAUGCAUCUGCCGGCAAUACAAGUGGAAGAGAGCCUUACCUCAGGCAUGUCCGUGUCCGUGUCGGAUAUGGAUGCAGAUGAAAAUCCAGAGAAAGCUGAAACAAAUGAAGUUGGUGAUGCGGACAGGAAAUAUGGCAGCUCUUCCGGACAAGGUGAAAAAAUAAAGGCCAAGAUUCGUUCUUUGGAAGAUGCCUUGGCAAAUCUGAGUGUUGACAGCAUCCAGGAUGUAUCAAGCCAUAAGGAAAGCCCCAACAACUCUCAAAAUAUAUCUGCAGCAUCAAGUAGCGGUGAAAGUUCUGUACAUGAUGUGUCUAACUCCUCUUCAUCAUCAGUGAAGAGUGUUUCAGAGCCAAGCUUGAGUGAACUGGAGAGGAAACUGAGACAGAAAAGGAUGGAGUACGAUGAUGCUAGAAGGAUGUCCAAGCCUGACAAAGAGCAAAAAUUACGAAAACAAAUUGCACAAUUGGAAGAGGAUAUUGCUCGCAAGAAAGGCAUAGAUGUGCACAGGUUUGACUACCAGAGCUCCCAGCAGCGCAAGACUGUAGACCCUGUAGGAAGCAGCCAGACAGAAAGUAAAUUAGAAGCUACAAAGAAAAGGUUGAAUGAAAUUAAGAUGAUCUAUCGCGAAUUACGGAACUUGAGAAGGACAGUGAUGAUGAUGGAACUGAAAAACAUUAAUACAGAAACAGAAGUCAAGGUUAUAAAGGUCAAAGCACCAGAGCCACAGUACCGUCAGACGAAGCUGCUUGAGUACUCUAACUUGCCACCACCUAUCAAGAAAGCAGACCCACAGCAGUUACUUCCUCAGCAUGUGCUUGAUGCUCUCUAUAGUGCAGACAAAGAUUACAAUGCCAGGAAUUAUGGUGGGAAGAUCUCCUCAGCCCGUGAGCGUGAGAUGGUGCGGCUCACAAGUGAUGCAAUUGAAGAUCUCCACAAGGCCAUGAAAUCUGCCCCUGAUGUAGAUACUGUUGAGGAAGAACAACCACGUAGCCUUAAAGCUACGUUAAUGCCCCAUCAGCUCCGUGCCCUUGCUUGGCUGCUCUGGAGGGAGAGGCAGCUCCCACCUGGUGGUAUCCUUGCUGAUGACAUGGGUCUGGGUAAAACCCUGACAAUGAUCUCGCUUGUGCUCCGCCACCGAGAAUUGAUUAGGGAAGGGGUGAUUGCUGAAGACUUUCAUCUCUCCAAGAGAGGAGGGAUGGAUAAGGAAAGGAAAGGCAAAACAGACUUCCUUGUUCCUUCUCAUGGAACAUUGGUGGUAUGUCCUGCAUCCUUACUUGGCCAAUGGAAAGGGGAAACACAGAAGCAUGUGGCCAAGGGCAAAGUGAAGUGCCUUGUUUAUCAUGGCACCAGUAGAGAUUUAGACAUUCAUGCGUAAGCAAAUCAUGACAUUGUAGUUACAACAUACCAACUGGUUAUGAAAGAAGCUUUUCCAGGUGGAAAAGAAAAAAUUGAUAAGAGCAACAAAGAUGAUGUGCCAAAGGUUAAUAAAGCUAAAGAUCAGGGCCGUCUCUUUAGGAUUGGCUGGUCUCGGAUUAUCCUUGAUGAAGGGCAUCAAAUCCGAAAUCACAAGAGUCAAACGGCUAAAGCUGUCUGCUUGCUCCGUGGAGGCAGACGAUGGGUACUUACAGGAACCCCUGUGCAAAAUAAGGAGAUGGAUCUGUAUUCCCUCUUGCGGUUCCUGAGAGUUUCUCCCUUUGAUGAUUAUACAUGUUGGAAGCUACAGGUAUCAAACAACAGUGCUCAGGGAAUGCGGCGAUUAGGCCUUCUAACCAAGGUCAUCAUGCUAAGGAGAACAAAGGAUCAGGUUGACCAGAAUACUGGCAAAAAAUUGGUGGAGUUGCCAGAAAAGAAAAUUGUACAACAUGCACUGUCUCUUUCCCAACGUGAGCGGGAGGUCUAUGACAGGGUUUUCACUUUCUCAAGGUCUGCAUUGGUCCAGUACAUGAAGAGUAAUGAAGAAAGAGAGCAAGAAAAAAUGGAAAAUGGGGUGGAAACAGACCAGCAGUGUUGCACAAAGAAAGAUGACAACAGAUUUACACCAACACUCACAGCUGAUUCUGCAAUUGAAAAUGUAAAAGCUCAUCAUUUGCUGGUAUUGCUUCUUCGUUUGCGUCAGAUAUGCUGCCAUCCUUCUCUCAUUAAAGGGAUGGUGGAAACCGAGAGUAAUGACACAGAUGGUUUAGAGAGCGGCACAAAAGAUAGCAUGGAACUGGACUUGGUUUCGCAGAUGGCAGAGAUGAGUCUUAUGAUGCCAAACGAGGUGGAGGAGGAGGCUGAUAAUAAAGUGAAGAAAGACAUACUACACCUCAAGAAUCCUGUCUUUUCUACGAGCUCUGCUAGCUCAAAAAUUGAGAAAAUCACUGAGGAACUCUGCAAAUUGCGUGACAAAGGAACAAGGGAAAAGGCCGUCAUUGUCUCCCAGUGGACAUCCAUGUUAGAAGUGGUUGAAAAGCAUUUGGAAAAUGUAGGAAUUCGGUGCCUCACAAUAUCUGGUCAAGUUUUAGUCAAGGAAAGACCUGCUAUUGUUGAUGACUUUAAUAAUAAUCCUAGAGGUCCACCAGUAUUGCUUCUAUCACUGGCUGCUGGAGGUGUUGGACUAAAUUUAGUCGGGGCAAAUCAUUUGUUCUUGCUGGACAUGCAUUGGAAUCCGCAGUUGGAGGCUCAAGCCUGUGACCGCAUCUAUCGUGUGGGGCAGACGAGAAAAGUUACUGUGCAUAGGUUUGUUGUGCAGAACACUGUUGAGGAACGGAUAUUGCAGCUCCAACAGAAAAAGCUACAGCUGGCAGAGGACGUACUGUCAGGUGCUAAGAGAACUACUAGCAAUAAAUUGACACUUGAGGAUAUGAAGUCAAUUUUCAAUGUUCUUUGAGGCAGAACUUAUGUUUGAUAAAUUAAAUUAUUUUGAUUUUAAACAAUAAAUGUUUGGGUUUAGAUUUUUCUUGCUGUAUAUAUUUUUGUGAUAAUGAAGUAGACAUGUACAGAAAUUUUUAAAAAUAGAAUAUUUGUAUUACAAUACCAGUGAAUUUAUUUUGUUCAUUAUCAAGAACUAAUUUGUGUAAUUUUAUUUUCCAUUACGAUCAUAUGUGAAGGUUUCUAAAACAUUUUAAUGACAAGGUUUAUUAAAUUUUUACACUUUAUAUCACAUGAACGCAUUUUAUAACUAAAAAUGAUGAUACCUCAAACUUUGAUGCAAGUAACAAGUAAUAAAUAGUUUCUUAUUUUGGAUUAUAUAUAAUUUACCUAGCAUUAAAUCCAUGGUGUAUUGUGUGGACAAAAUGCCUUGUGAAUGCCAAUGGAAAAACUGUAUUGCUUUUAUUAAAAGAUCAUACUAUUUUAUAGUGCAGGUGUUUUCUAUUUUUAUAAACACAAUUGCAUCCAACCUGUAGACAUUUUUAGAAGGAAUAUUUUUGCCAUUACAUUAAUGUAUUGCUUUCUGUGAAAAUAAUAUUUACAUCAAGUUAU